AUGCAACCCCGUCCUACGCCUAAAUGUCGAUACUUUGGAACGAGAAAAGGUAAGGCCUCAAGUAUCAAUGUUCAAUUGCCCUUUAGGUCACUGAAAUUGGAUCAAGGAUGUCGCGCUGGGAAUUCUUGUCUAUAUGCACAUGAUCCACAGCCGCUCGAGAUAACAGAGGCUAUCCAGCCCCAGACUGAUAAUCGGCAUGUAUUACUCGGGAAUAGAGGCCAAAUUCUCCCAUCCACGCGUGAAAGAGACCAUCUCUCGUCAUGGCUAGAGCGUGUGGAAACGCCAACUCCAGGUUCUAAUCAAGAUUUGCUUAAUCUUCCUAGCCGAAGACCCAUCUCACGUCUACAGCUGGAGAAUCCCAGGGAGUUUCAGCUAAACCAGGUUCGCCGAAGGUUUCGCCCAAAAGAAAGCAGCGAUGAAGAUGCAACCUAUCUCACUUUUACAAUGGUGCCCACUGAUCCGGAUUUCCCGCAUGAUAUCACCGGGCUAGACUGUGUAUUACGGGUUCCCAUGGGGUACCCGGGGCGAGGAAACCCAUCCCUUGAGGUUAAAAAUGAAAAUCUAAAUCCCGAUUUGAGGUCUGCUGUGGAAGUCAGAUUCUCUCAAUUAGUCAAUUCCGCGGUUUCCAUGGGUUUGCUAAAACUGGUGAACGCUCUUGAUAGGCAACUUGAGGACGCUCUUACGGGGAAAAAGACUUGCCCGGAUCAUGGGAAAGCAGAAGCCAUCAAUACUCAAGCCGCAAACAAAACUACCACUGAAGUAGCAGUGCAAGAUGAUGAUUUUGACUCGAGAAGGCGACGUAGAGAAAUCGCCCAGCUCCGUUCUCGACUUGGCCGCGACCGUCUAUUCUCUACCAAUCCCGACGGAACUGUUUUAAUUGUUCCUGUUAGACCUGUUAGGCCUGAUUUGUUGCCAGCAUCACUGAAGCAGCUUUCGGCUGUAGGCCUCUCUGUUCCUGUUUCUUAUCCGGCUACUCCUUGCCAGCUCAACAUAUCGGGGGUCGCCGACGAGGUUGCUCGUUAUGUGGAGAUAUCCUUUGACAAGCAUGUGCGAGAUAACCCGGGUAUGAGCUUGAUUGCUCAUAUCAAUUACUUAUCAGCAAUGAUGCAUAACAUGGCAGCUCUACCAGAGGACGUCGGCCUCAGCGAGGCUGUGGGUGAAAUUUCAUUGGAGGAAGAAAUGACCGUGCCAGAAGCAGCCCCUGUUUCCGAAAGACCUGUACCCGAUAAUUCGACUGAGCUACAAGAACCACGACAAAUGGAAGAUCGUCCUCAUAUUCAGAUAAUCCCACGACCGCCGGAAUGGGGCAAUCCUGGAGAUGAGCGUGAUAACGGCGACAGCGACUAUACGGAUGGCUCUGAAUUUGAUCACAGCUUUUCUGAGGAAGAGGACGAAGAGGAGAUAGAGGUUCCUAAAGCCCAACCAAUUCAGACGGGGCGAGAAGUUCUCCUAUCAUUCCCAUCCUUGGAGCUUCAUGGAAUAGAGCUUCUCGAGCUUAAGAGUGUCUCUCUUACUCUUAAAUGUGAGCGAUGCAAGGACACUUAUGACUUGCAGAAAUUGAAAAUCGGAGACAACGGUAUCAGCGUACCGCCCGAGCGAGUCCAGAUAUGUGGCAAAUGUUCGAGUUAUCUAACGAUUGGUUUCCGUCGCGAAUUGAUGCAUGAUCACUCUAAUCGGGCUGGUAUCCUGCACCUGAAUGGCUGUACUGCAGUUGAUUUACUUCCAAGGUUGGUGAUAACCCCCGACCCGUCCAUAGAGAUUUCUAACAAAUCUGCGUCCGUCAACCGUGGUCUCUGCUAA